CAAUAAAUAUAUUGUGCAGCGAAACAGGCGGUGGGUGGGCAUUUAUUGUUUAGUGAAUAUUGCGCCACUGCAACGCACUACGUCAAGCUUAAUACAAACUCAUAAAAUACACUUUUGAUUUAAACAUUUGCUGAUAUUAAAUGUUUCUGUAAAUUCUGACAGAAACAUGAAGCCGAUCGACACUUUAUUGUUGUUAUGCGUCGCCCUCGGCCGCCGCCAGGCUGCAUUCGUCCCCGAAAACCAAGGCGCAGGUAACAGGGAUUUGGCGGAAGUUGUCAAAUUGAAUCUUCGUAGAAAUAAUGAUGAUUACACCGACGCACCGGCUAUCAAAUUUGAAACUGUGACAGAUUCUGCUUUAACUACGACGUUCCCUUCUUAUAUUGAAAUAAAUAAACUGAAGGGAUUGAGGAGGGCCAAUAAAGAGGGUAAAAGUGAACUGUUCGAUGAGAAUCUAAUGUACGAGUUAGAACAAAACGUAAUUGGACACAAUUUUACGAAUAAGUAUCGAAAAAGUAAAUUGGGAAAUUGGAAAAUAACACCCUUCGGAGGUCAAAAGAACUUAAAUAGAUUGCCUAUACAAAGCCAGCCAAAAAUCACUACACAAAAGCGAGCGAUUUUAAAAUCUAAUCCAAGUAAAAUAGAAAAAUUUCAAAAAUUUUUUGAAAAAAAUAAGGACUUGUUUAAAGAAUUUCUAAGCAGUAAAAUAGCUGCGAGAACACAGGUUUCGGGAUUCUUCACGAGGGGAGGGUCGACAGCAAAUACGAAAGGGUUAAGAGUGGCAAAGAAUAGGAAAACCGCGCAGAAGAGAGGAUGGCUAGACGGAGACGAGAGCGGUGGUGGCACUACCGAGCCCUUGGACCCUGAUCGGCUAGACAUGCUGCCAGCAGUCGGCGGCCGCGUACACUACUGGAGAAUACGGGGUCGUCUAUGUCACCGACACGUAUUGAUGCCGGAAGGGCCUAAGUACGACAGCAAAGGGCGCGUGUACCUUCCCGCCCACACCGACAACGUGCGCCGGCCUUACAACGUCACGCGCCGCCCCCAUCUGCUGCUGCCCAAAUGCUGCAACUGCUGCAAAAAGUCCGUUCUCGGCUGCGAGUGACCACCGACACAUCACGAAGUAAUUGUCAACAAAACAUAGCUGCUAUCGAAUGUAGUUUUUACAUUUUAUUAUUAACGUGUUUAUCGAGUUUUUAUAAUAAUACUUACUUUAUUUUCAGUUUGGAAAUAUUCUUAUACAACUAUUCAUUAUCCGACCAUUAUGUGAUACGUGUUAGAUGUGUAAAUAAAAGACGGUAAUCAGAAAUCAACUUCAUUAAUGUGAACACAAAUGUUUAAUCUAGGAGCUCACUAUUUCUAUAUGAUAAUAAGCGGGCCGCUGAAAUUGUAAAAAAAUACUUUAUAAAAUAAGAAUA